GUGGUUCGUGUCUCCCCUGCCUCCACGUUUUCUCCCUGCGCCUAUCUGGUGGUCGCCAUGGAAGCUGGGAAAAAUCUGUCUUUUUUGGUCAUGUAUGCAAAAGAAAUUCCGCUCGCCUUUGCGGAAGCUGCUAUCUUCUUCUCUGCCUUCAUGGCGUCGCUAGUGAGGCCCAGUUGAUAUCUUUCCUCGUGCUUCCGCACCACGCUUCGCCGCGGCCGGUAAAUGGCCUCUGCUUCCUGCCGAGGAGGGCACCGUCCAUGCUGCAGCCUGAGGGGCCGCCGCCGUUGUCCUAAAGUCGCCGUCGCCGUCGCCAUCUCCUCACCCGAUUUCCUUUCUUCACGGAUCGAUCUUCGCCGACGCGAUUAUUUUCGCCGGAAGCCAAUUUUAAGGAUUAGGUGUUGUUCGGCAGGUCCCGAUGAAAAUCCUAGCGGUAAUUCAGUGGCCGGAGCAUCAGAAAAAUUCGAGCUUGGAGUGGAGGAGGUCGCCCCCAAUCUUCUCCGCCGUUUCGAGCAGGACCAGCCCGGUUCCGGAAUUGCCAGUGCCAUUGGAGAGGCAAUGCCAACCCGGGAUUUCGUUACACUCUCCGCGUGUGUGGUUGGCCUCUUCACCGGUGUUUCUGUUGUGCUCUUCAACAUUGCGGUACAUGAAAUACGUGACUUUUUCUGGGAUGGGUUACCUUUGCGAGGUGCAUCAUGGUUACGGGAGGAGCCCAUUGAGAAUAUUUGGCAGAGAGUCGUUCUGGUUCCUGCUUGUGGUGGUGUAAUAGUUGGUAUACUAAAUAUUCUAAGGAGUUCCUUGAAAGAAACAUCAGGCAUGACUGCAUCUGUGAAGGAAGCAAUGAGACCACUUGUGAAAGCCAUAGCUGCUUCUGUCACCCUUGGGACAGCGAAUUCAUUAGGACCUGAGGGUCCUAGUGUUGAAAUAGGUUCCUCCAUUGCUAAAGGGAUUGGUCAGUUGUUUGGGUUGCGUGGUGGAAAAAGUUUGUCUCUUGUAGCUGCUGGAUCAGCUGCAGGAAUUUCAUCAGGUUUCAAUGCUGCUGUUGCUGGAUGCUUUUUUGCUGUGGAAUCUGUCUUAUGGCCUUCAACAACUGAUCCAUUCUUGUCCCUUUCAAAUUCGACAUCAAUGGUGAUACUCAGUUCUGUCAUAGCAUCUGUUGUUUCAGAGGUCGGUCUUGGUUCUGAACCAACUUUCACUGUUCCGGCCUAUGACUUCCGUUCACCAAGUGAGCUUCCUUUGUAUCUUCUGCUCGGAGUCCUUUGCGGGAUAGUUUCGGUGACCUUAUCAGGAUGCACGUCUUUGGCACUGGAAGUAGUUGACUACCUUCAAAGGAUCACAGGUGUAACAAAGGCCAUAUUUCCUGCAUUGGGUGGCCUCAUUGUUGGUUUGAUAGCUUUAUCGUAUCCUGAAAUUCUAUACUGGGGCUUUGAGAAUGUGGACAUUCUACUUGAGUCGCGACCUUUUGUGAAUAGUCUUCCCACUAACAUCUUGUUUCAGUUAGUUGGUGUGAAAAUAUUUGCCACUUCUUUAAGCCGUGCUUCGGGUUUGGUGGGCGGCUACUAUGCACCAUCCCUUUUUAUAGGUGCAGCAACAGGAAUGGCUUAUGGCAAAUUCAUGUCGUCUACAUUCUGCGGCCCAAACCCAUUGAUUCAUCUCUCUGCCUUGGAAGUGGCAUCACCUCAAGCAUACGGUCUGGUGGGAAUGGCUGCCACUCUUGCCGGUGUGUGCCAAGUACCUUUGACAUCAGUUUUGCUUCUGUUUGAGCUAACACAGGACUACCGAAUUGUUCUACCACUUCUUGGAGCUGUAGGGAUAUCAUCAUGGAUAACGUCCCGCACGAGCAUUAAAAGAAAAGUUGCAAACAAGUUGGACGAAGUGAAAGGAAAUGACAUAGACGUUCCUCGACGUGCAAGUGUGCCCAGUGAGAACCAGAACGACGACUAUACUGCAGCUUCUGCCGAAAGUAAUAACAUCGACUUGUGUGAGAUCGAGACUUCUCUUUGCGUCUAUGAUGUCAGUGCUGAAGUCAGUAGUAUGGCGCACAAGCUCACAGUAUCCCAGGCUAUGAGAACUAAAUACUUAAGCAUGCCGAUGAAUACUUCUGUAAUUGAGGCAGUCACUCUCAUGCAAACGGAGAAGCAAUCCUGUGCGGUAAUAAUUGAUGGCGCCGGUUUCUUGGUAGGAUUGCUACUUUUGGAGGAAAUCCAAAGUUUCCUUAAAUCAAGGACGACAAGAGACAUCGAUACUGAGGUAAACGAUAUUCUUGUAUCCAACAUAUGCCAUGUCGACGGAGGCAAGUGCAAAACAUGGACAGCUACGCCCGAAAUGGAACUUCUUGCAGCCAAAUAUAUCAUGGACUUGCACGGAGUGGAUCGUCUCCCUGUCGUUUCACAGCAUGUCGACGGACAAGAAAGUUCGCGGUUGGUUGGUCUCUUGGACAGGGAAUGCAUUAUCAUCGCUUUCCGAGCUGCAGCAGCUAAAGAAUAUCUCAGCUUGUCCUCCAUGACCACAAGGCUUGAGUCUUGAGGAAGAGAACAUCACGGAGAACCUUAUGAUCCUUUCAUUGCAUAUAAU